UUGCAACAACUGCCGCCACAAGCUUGAUCUGAGUGUGGGGAAGGGGAAGAGGCGCGUUCGGCUCCGCGGAAAGGCUGCUUGCUCAUGGUCAGGGCUACCGGCGUGCGCGGAAGGGUGUGGGGCAGCUGGGCGAGCUGCUGUGCCGGCGGUGGCCAGAAGGGGACCGAGCGACGGAAGGGCUCUGGAAGGUGGCUUAGGCUGGGGCGACGUAGCAACAGUAGCGGCUCCGGAGCAGCGAAGCGUCUUAAAGCAGGUAGAGAGCGAGAGCUCCGGUGGUCUCGGCGUUCCGGCGAAAGAGCGGAGAGGGAAGUGCCUCCAUGUCGGACAACCAAAGCUGGCAUUCCUCCGGCUCAGAAGAAGAUCCCGAGACAGAGUCGGGGGCGCCUGUUGAGCUCUGUGGAAUCCUCAGCAAGUGGACCAACUACAUCCAUGGGUGGCAGGACCGCUGGGUGGCAUUGAAAAACAACACACUAAGUUACUACAAAUCUGAAGAUGAAACGGAAUAUGGCUGCAGAGGCUCAAUCUGUCUUAGUAAAGCUGUCAUCACACCUCAUGAAUUUGAUGAAUGCAGAUUUGAUAUUAGUGUAAACGAUAGUGUUUGGUAUCUACGUGCUCAGGAUCCAGACCAUAGGCAGCAAUGGAUAGAUGCAAUUGAACAGCACAAGACUGAAUCUGGCUAUGGAUCGGAGUCAAGCUUGCGACGUCAUGGCUCUAUGGCAUCCCUUGUAUCUGGAGCAAGUGGGUACUCUGCAACAUCAACCUCUUCAUUUAAGAAGGGCCACAGUUUGCGUGAGAAACUUGCUGAAAUGGAAACCUUCAGAGAUAUAUUGUGCAGACAAGUUGACACAUUACAAAAAUAUUUUGAUGCCUGUGCUGAUGCUGUCUCCAAGGAUGAGCUUCAGAGAGAUAAAGUGGUAGAAGAUGAUGAAGAUGAUUUUCCUACAACACGUUCAGAUGGGGAGUUUUUGCAUAAUACUAAUGGAAGUAAAGAAAAAUUGUUUCCACAUGUUACACCCAAGGGAAUAAAUGGUAUAGAUUUUAAAGGUGAAGCUAUAACUUUCAAAGCAACAACAGCUGGAAUCCUUGCUACACUUUCCCAUUGUAUUGACUUAAUGGUAAAACGUGAGGAGAGUUGGCAGAAAAGGUUGGAUAAGGAAGGUCCCAACAGUUUGAUUAAUGAAGAAGAAUUCUUCGAUGCUGUUGAAGCUGCUCUAGAUCGUCAAGACAAAAUAGAAGAACAGUCCCAAAGUGAAAAAGUCAGAUUGCACUGGCCAACUUCCAUGCCACCUAGUGAUGCUUUUUCUGGUGUGGGGAAUCAUAGAUUUGUCCCAAAGCCCUAUAGUCGCUCUUCCUCCAUGUCUUCCAUUGAUCUAGUCAGUACCUCUGAUGAUCACAGAUUCAGCUCCAAGGUGGAAGAGAUGGUAAAGAACCACAUGACAUAUUCGUUACAGGAUGUAGGGGGUGAUGCUAACUGGCAACUAGUAGUUGAAGAAGGUGAAAUGAAGGUGUACAGGAGGGAAGUAGAAGAAAAUGGCAUUGUUCUAGAUCCAUUGAAGGCCACACAUGCAGUCAAAGGAGUUACAGGGCAUGAGGUCUGCAAUUAUUUCUGGAAUGUUGAUGUUCGCAAUGAUUGGGAAACAACCAUUGAAAAUUUCCGUGUUGUAGAAACUCUAGCUGAUAAUGCAAUCAUCAUCUAUCAAACACAUAAGCGAGUAUGGCCUGCUUCUCAACGUGAUGUGCUGUAUUUAUCUGCUAUUAGAAAAAUACCAGUUUUAAAUGAAAACGACACUGAAACAUGGAUUGUCUGCAACUUCUCUGUAGAACAUGAUAGUGCUCCUACAAACAAUCGAUGUGUUCGUGCCAAAAUAAAUAUUGCUAUGAUUUGCCAGACAUUGGUAAGCCCUCCAGAAGGAAACAAGACAAUAAGCAGAGACAACCUCCUAUGCAAGAUUACAUAUGUAGCAAAUGUGAAUCCUGGAGGCUGGGCUCCAGCUUCUGUACUACGGGCAGUAGCAAAACGAGAGUAUCCCAAAUUCUUGAAACGAUUCACAUCAUACGUACAAGAAAAAACAUCUGGGAAGCCUAUUUUGUUCUAGUAUUAUCAGUGAUUGGAACAAGGCUGUGUGAACAUUCCAUUUGGAGAAAUGAACCAAAAUGAAGGCUCCAAGCUGGAACGUAGGAUCUACAGUCUUAUGGGCCAAGUCCUGCAUUCUGUACACAACUGAAGAAUACUGCAAUGCCAUGAACUUGAACUUUCACUGUCUUCUGCUAGUUCACUUUGCUGAGUUGAUGUGUAAUUAUAAAAAUACAUGUGUUGAUACAUGUAUAUGGCUCUGUUUGCUUGCUCUAGAGGAGAAUACUACAAUUUUGGGUCACCAACUUGGUUCAUUGCUUUAACUUUUGAAUAAUUUGAGGAGAUUUCAUUUACUGUGGGAUUUCAUAAUACACUUGCACAGUUCUUGUUUUUGUGUACAUCUAAAAAGCACAAGAGAUGAAUACACAUCUAGCAUACCAUAUGUGCUUUAUGUACACAAAAACAUAGUUAUAACUUUUUUUCCCAUCAGGUUUUCAGUAAAUUCUGUGUCCUCUCAGAGGGAAUUUGUGUAUGCUUUGUAUAAUCAUAGUUCAUUGCUGCUGAGUUUCUAUGAGAAAUCAUAUUAUGUAAAACUUCUCUUAAAAUAUGAGGGCUGUCAGGAUCUUUAUGACUUGCCUUUUCUAUAGUCUUGCUCCUAUGAAGGCCUUCUGGGGGUCCGAUGGAGUAGGCAUGAAAAGCUUUAUUUUUUUCAGAUAUCUUUAUAUUUCUAUUUUUAAUUUUAGUUGUGUAAUAUGUGCUAUAGAAAUUUAAUUCCAGAACAUGAUCCCAAAAAGAUAUUAUCUUUUGGUAAUAUCUAAAGUGAUUACUAUUAUAUAAGAAGACCUGACUGCCAGAAAACGGCUACUGCUGUAUCUUGCCCAGAUUGUGUGAAUAUGGGUUGCUUUCUAGCAAUUGGAACUUUAACACUGUGUAAUAUUUAUUGAGUUAAAUUGGAUUGCUGAAGAUAACAUUCCCAGUCUUGGAAAAAAAAAUGCUGUUGUUUAGUCCUACACGUUGUUUCCCGUUGAGUAAAGCUAUGCUUUGAGAUUCAUCUAUAAAAACUUGCCAUACUUGUAACAUUUGCCCUAUGACCUGCCUUGUCAGAUAUGAAAACAAAUAAAAUCUAAAGAGAAUUCCCCUUAGUUGCUAUGAGAAGUUAACUGUCAAGGAUCUAACUGUCUUUAAUAUCAAGAAAUGCAAUACAUGAAGGGUGAACUGUAUGAAAAUCCUUUUGAGGAAAUGCCUUGGGUUGCACUUUUAAAGUGAGAUUAGCCAGAUGACCUUUUUAGCUGUCAGCUUGUGUGUAUAUAUAUAAAGAAAGAGACAAGAUUUGGAUAUAUUUUUGAAAACAAAGCAGAAAGUCUUUAUUUCAUAUAGAGUAGCUGAUGCCUGAAAACAAAUAUAAUACUUUUUAAUGAAAAUUCAGCUAAUGAAAAUCUUCAAGGUUGGAAGCAAAUUAGUUUUGAGUGUAAGCUGAUGUGUACACUAAAACAGGCGUACUCUAAGGUUUUAUGUAUAUGUAUACAGAAUUCAUGCUUUUUAGUAUCCUUUAUUUGCCUUUCUCUAAAUAAUGUGCAUGGAGAAUGCCUUACUACAGAAUAAUUCUGAUCAUGAUUUAAAAUGUAGAAAAGUGCCUAUAGGGUAAUGUUGGCAAGGCAAAGAGUAAAGAUGAUGAAUUUGAUCUGUUUACUAUCUCACCAGUAAGCAUUUUGUAUACCAUUUCUUAUACCUCAGAUAAGUUUAAUAUUUUUGCAAUCAACUGGAAAAAAAAUACUUGUUCACCAUAGCCACUGAUGGGAACCUCAAUAUUAAAGUAAUACUUAGACCCUGAAAAUGAAACCAACAAUUUUCCAUUCCUGAUUAUGAUCAUGGAACACAUGCAGAUAACUAUUAUUUAAUUGGAUAGCUUUAUUUUAGAAAGAGAUGAAAAGUUUACAAAGCAGUUUAUAAAUCUUAAUGUCAUUAGUUGCAUUUGCACUAAAUGUGAUGUAUUUUGCAAAUCUGUAAAUAAAAAUUACACUAAAAGAUACUAUUUGUAAACUAAGCUUGACUUUUAGACAAGUGGUGUCACUUCGUUACAGCUAGUCCAGCCCAAUCUGUCUUGAAAUUUCUUAGAAUGUAUAAUAAAAUAACUGUAGUCAGUGCUCGCCUAGUAGUUCUUAAUGUUUUUUCCUGGAACAAAUUUUUAUUUUUAUUUUCCAUUUGAUUAUUGGCUCUUUUCAUCUAGCGCACCCAUCCACCUGAGACUUCACAAGUGGCAUCUUUUGCUAUAAUAACCGAUGAGUAAAUAAUAGUUCUUACAGUUUUUUUAUGAACUAAACUCUACAGUUAAAUUCCAUGGAUGUAGGUAGCUUUACUGUAUCUCUUUAGCUUAUUGUUCCAAAGACUGAAUGGUCACCAGAACCGACAUUAACGUUAGAAUCCUAUCAAAUGAUGGACUUUCCUUUUUAGCUGGGAAGGGACAACAUAUUGAUACCUAUCUGGUUUUUUAAAACCUUUUUUAUUACUAUUAUUAUUAUUAUUAUUAUUAUAUUUUGCAAUUGGACUAAAUGUUAUAAAAUCCUUGAAGGGGUUAGAGAUGGAAUGCUCGGUCAUCUUGAAAGAAAUUUCUCUUUACCUUAUUUGAGUUGAGCUGACUUGUAAGAAAUUAUACUGGUUCUCAUUAAUCAAAGAGUUAAGUCAAUUUUUCACAAAUCUUUUUGUCAACCGUUCCUUAUAUAAAUGAAGCUGUAUUUGAGUUACCAUGUUCAAUGAAUGACAUGCUCAAAUUAUGAAUCAGUUUCUAGAAUGUCCCAAGUGUGUAAAAUGUGACUGUUCUUCUAUGAUAGCUUUAUGAUCCUGUUAACAUUAAAAAUAAAUGACUAAAUGGAGUUGCCUCUUCCAUAUUACAAUCACAGAUUUGAAAACCAGUAUUUAAAAGUGCAAAGUAUUAAAAUAUAUUACAAACA